UCCGAGCACCCAGAGCCGCCCCAGGGGUGACAGCGGCUCGGGGGGUGCUCAGGGGAACCCCGCAGGCGCUCUUUCUCCUUAUAUGGGGCGGUGACGUCACGGCGGCACUCAGCUCUUCUGUCUCCGCCCCUUCGCCCCUCUUGACGCCAUAGCGUCACUUGCUCGCCCCGCCCACUGCAGCGCCGCGCCGCCGCCGGCCCCGCCCACUCCGCGGCGCUGACAGGCGGGGGCAGCAGCCAGUGGGCGCGGCCGGCGGGGCGCGUGGGGCGGGGCGCGCUGACGUCACGAGGGGCGGGGCCUGCGGUGCAGGUGGAGGCAGCGCGGUGCGGUGCGCAGCGGCGGCCCCGGCCCGGCCUCAUCAUGACAACAGAGACGGGCCCCGCGGCGGAUGCCGGCAGCUCUCCGCAGCAGCAGCGAGCCAAGGAGGAGGAAGGAGCUGCCGAGACGCAAAAGCAAGAGGCUCCUCUAGAAGAAGGGGCUCAGCAGGCGCCCGGGGGCCGGCCUGUGGCGGGGCAGAAGCAGAAGGCGUCCAACGGCGACACCCCCACGCACGAGGAGCAGAGUAAGAGGGAGCGACGCGCGUCCGAGGGCCGGGGCCUCUCCCGCCUCUUCUCAUCCUUUCUCAGGCGGCCCAAGUCUCAGGUGUCCGAGGAGGACAAAGACACUGAUGCUCCUAAAGAGGCGGGAGGUGACCAGACAGAGCUGGGAUUAGGAGCCAGCCCUGAUGAAGACAUCCUGGUGAAAGCACCCAUUGCCGCUCCUGAGCCUGAGCUCAAAACUGAUCCAUCGCUGGAUCUCCAUUCCUUAAGCAGCGCGGAAACACAGCCCGCGCAGGAGGAGAGGAGGGACGAGCCGGAGCCGGAGCGCAGGGCGCCCGGGGCCGAGGACGGAGGGCAGGCCGAGGAGGAGGGCGCCCAGCCCGAGCCCGGACCAGAGGCUGCAGAGACCAAAGCAGAGAAGGAUCUGAGGGCUGCCCAGAGAGCAGCAAAAAGGCACAGAAGCAUGUACUGCAAGGUUGCCCUGCUGGAUGACACCAUUUUUGAGUGCGCCGUGGAUAAACACGCCAAGGGGCAGGAUCUGCUGAAGAAAGUCUGCGACCACCUCAACCUCCUGGAGGAAGACUACUUCGGUUUGGCCAUAUGGGACACGCCGACGUCCAGGACGUGGCUGGAUCCUGCCAAAGAGAUAAAGAAGCAGGUUCACGGAGGCCCCUGGGACUUCACCUUCAAUGUCAAGUUCUAUCCGCCCGAUCCCGCGCAGCUGUCGGAGGACAUAACCCGGUACUACCUGUGCCUGCAGCUCCGGCAGGACAUCCUGGCGGGGCGCCUGCCCUGCUCCUUCGCCACGCUGGCGCUGCUGGGCUCCUACACGGUCCAGUCCGAGCUGGGCGACUACGAUCCCGACCUGCACGGCCCCGACUACAUCGGCGAAUUUAAACUGGCCCCAAACCAGACAAAGGAGCUCGAAGAGAAGGUUGUGGAGCUCCAUAAGACAUACAGGUCCAUGACUCCAGCCCAAGCGGACCUGGAGUUCCUUGAGAAUGCAAAGAAGCUGUCUAUGUACGGAGUCGACCUUCACCAGGCCAAGGACUUGGAGGGGGUGGAUAUCACUCUGGGAGUCUGUUCCAGUGGCCUUCUGGUUUACAAGGAUAAACUGAGAAUCAACCGCUUCCCUUGGCCCAAAGUCCUGAAGAUUUCCUACAAACGCAGCAGCUUCUUCAUUAAGAUUCGGCCAGGGGAGCAAGAACAGUAUGAAAGUACCAUUGGAUUCAAGCUCCCAAGUUACCGGGCAGCGAAGAAGCUGUGGAAAGUGUGUGUUGAGCAUCACACGUUUUUCAGGCUGACCUCCACCGAGGCCAUCCCGAAGAGCAGGUUCCUGGCGCUGGGCUCCAAAUUCCGCUACAGCGGCCGGACGCAGGCGCAGACGCGGCAGGCGAGCGCCCUGAUCGACCGGCCCGCUCCCCAGUUCGAGCGGACGGCCAGCAAGCGGGCGUCCCGGAGCCUGGACGGAGCUAAACGUGCGACUCAAAAAGUUGAGUUCAGAGCCAUAGAGGAAGAGAAGCAGGAGGAGGUGUUGGUGGUUGAGGUUCCCGAACCAAAACCCGCGGAUCUGAUCCGAGAGAAGCCAGCUGAACACCCUCUCAAAACUUUUGAAAUGAAACCCAUUGCAGAGGAGGAAGAGGAGGAGGAGAAGGUAGAGGUGGUUAAGGCUCCCGUUGCCGAGCCCACGUUCCCGGAGCCGCCGCGCUCAGCAGUGGCCGUGAUCACCCCCGAGAGGAGUCCCCGUCCCACCUCCGCCCCGGCCAUCGCCCAGAGCCACGCUGCAGAGCCGGGCCCAGCUAAGCCUGGCUCAAAGGACGUGGUCGCUGUCUCUAAAAUAGAAAAGGAAGCAGCAAAACCCGAUGUGAGACGGGAAGAAAUCCCACUGGAGAAAGCCAAACCGGAGCCGGCCGACACAUCAAAGGUGAGGAAAACGCACAUUGCGGUCACAGUACCCACCGCGAAUGGUGACCAGCCCCAGCAGCCGCCUGCAGAGAAAGAGGAGGAGCUGAUAAGAAUGAGGAAGAAAAGAUCAAAGAGGCUAGAUGGUGAAAACAUUUAUAUCAGGCAUAGCAAUUUAAUGUUGGAGGAUCUGGAUAAGACACAAGAAGAAAUCAAGAAGCGUCACGCCAACAUCAGCGAGCUGAAGAAGAACUUCAUGGAGUCCGUCCCGGAGCCUCGGCCGAGCGAAUGGGACAAGCGCCUGUCCGCCCACUCCCCGUUCCGAACGCUCAGCGCCAACGGGCAGGUUCCCACGGGAGCGGACGGGGUCGAGAAAGUCACUGUCCUAUCUUCUGAGAGACAGAACGUGAGUGACUUUCUGUCCCGAGAGGACAUGGCGGCAGCGCCGGAGAGCAGCGCUCUCAGCUCUGGCUUUGCGCGGGGGGGCCCAAAGCAGGCGGUAGCUGUUAGUGACACCACGGUGCCGCCCGCCUCCCAACCUUCUCCCAGCCGGGACCCCGCUGCUUCCUCCCUAAGCAGCGAGGAGGAGGAGGAGGAGGAGGAGGAGGAGGAGGAGGAGGAGGUGGCUCCCAGCCUCCCCGCGAACGAGGAGCAGGACCCGAGAUGCAGGACGGGGGUUUGCGCGGCCACGGAGAAGGCCGGGGAGCUGUGUGGGCCCGCGCCCCCCGCCAGCCCUGCCGCCGCUCCCCGGGGGGCGCAGGACGGCGAAGACAAGUUUGCUUUUAGGAAGCUAAAUGGCGAGUGGCACGACUCGGAUGUUAAUGACAGGCUGCCGGUGGUCAUUCGCUGCUUCCAGCCGCCGCUGGUGAAGACGCAGACGGUCACCAUCUCCGACGUGUCCAGCACCCUCAAAAGCGAAAUCCCCACAAAAGAAGUCCCCAUCGUCCACACGGAGACGAAGACCAUCACCUACGAAGCUGCACAGACGGAUGGCGGCAAUGGAGAUUUAGACCCUGGCAUCCUGCUGACGGCUCAGACCAUCACUUCGGAGACCACCAGCAGCACCACCACCACGCAGAUCACAAAGACUGUAAAAGGUGGCAUUUCAGAGACGAGGAUUGAGAAGAGGAUUGUCAUCACGGGGGACGCAGACGUGGACCACGACCAGGUUCUGGCGCAGGCGAUAAAAGCGGCCAAGGAGCAGCACCCGGACAUGUCGGUGACCAAAGUGGUCGUGCACCAGGAGACCGAGAUCGCCGAGGAGUAGCCGGGCUGUGACGCGUUCCUGCCAGGAAAACGACACCAGCAAAACUACCAAGAAACUACCUGGAGCACAGAGACCUCAGAUUUACAAGACUUGACGCUCAGAGACAUUCAUAUCACGUAUUAGGAGCUGCGCUUUGACAUUUUUACUUGGGAUUUUCCAGACUCCACGGGAUCCUAUCGGAUGUAGGGUUUUGGAUUUUUUAUACACGUUGUGACACAAGUAUGCCAUAUUUCCGACCGUGCUGAGCAUUUUUUACAGGUUUUCGAUUUUGCAUUCCCUCUCACGUAUCGGCCUCGUCAGCUGCAGCCCCCGCCGGCUCCCGGCGUCCCGCAGGGGGGACGCGGGUGAAGCCACAUGGCGCAGAUGGCGCGUGCGGCUCCGCCAGCCACGGGUCCUGCAGGGAGUCGGCUCGAAAAGCCAGGACUUCAGUUUCCUGCGGCGUUUCCAAUUGCCUCUUGAGGUUUUUUUUUUUUAAUUACUCUUAUUUUUUGUGUGUUUGUGGGUUUUUUUGUUUUUGUUUGUUUUUUUAGCUCUAGGGAGCUUGAGCCUUCGCUCUGAAUUUCCUCCCCGCUGGGUUUCAGGCCCUGGUGUGUGAACACAAGUAGGGUUUUGUGGUGUAGCCUAUGCACACAUCUUCCUAGCUGACUAUAGAUUUAAGGAAUACUGGAAGUUGCUUCGGGUGUCUCAUACUGUGAACUGUAGAGCUUUCAGAGCAGCGGGACAGCCCCUCGCCUUCCCCGUGCCGCUGCCGAGUGCUGCCGACCCGUGCUGUUACAUUAAAAAGCCCUAGAAGUGUGUGUUAAGGUGUUUGGACUCUGAAUGCUAUUAAGGUAGGUUACGCAGCGUUCACAGUAACUCAUUUCUUUUCAGUGUCAUAGUUUUUCACUUGUUUGUGUUCAUGAUAUUUAAAUUAGGGUUUGGGGUUUUUUGUAAGUAAUGGGUUCUUGGUUUUUUUUGUCCCCUCCCAGUGCUAUUUAAAGCUGAACAUGUUUCCAGGGCUUAUAUCCUACUAUCACCGAAUUUAAAACCCUUUAGACAAUCCUCCCUAGGCGUGUAGGCUGUGUUUGGAGAGGCUGAAGAAGUCGUCUUAGGAUGUAUCAGGUAUUGCUGGUCACGAUAGAGCCAAACCACGUGGAAGGUGCUGCCGCCCCAUUUCCGCGCUGGCUUAGGGGUCUGUUUCAUCACUGCCUUGCUGGAACGAAACACCAGGGUUAAGCGUCUGCAUCCUUAGGCUGAGCUUACCAGCGGGGUGACCAGAAAACGUCUUUUCCGGGGCCGGCUGCGCUGCCCUCGCAGGAGCCGGGGCUGAGCUGCCCCCGAGCCCCAGGGAGCUGUUUCCAUUGUGCCCUGGUUUCUCCUUCCAGCAUUUAAAUUUAAAAAGAGAACAAAGCCAGAAAACAACAAGCUCUUGUGAAGAGUCUGCCCAGACAUUGUGGACACUUAAGUACACUUUGAGGUUGUGAUUUUAUAUAUAUAUAUACACAUAGAUAUAUAUAUAGUGUGGCACACUGAUAGCUGAGGGCAGGGAGUGUGUGCUGCUGCUCCUCAGUCGAGGAUGGGAAGAAAAUGGCCAAUAAAAAAAGCUCUCUGCUAUUGUAAAAUUGAAUCGUGUGUUUCAGGAGUCACUGGAUUUAGCUCAGGCUGCGAUGACUUGGCUGCAAACAGCCUUUGAGAGACACUGGGGCUCGUGUAGCUUCUCACAGUCAGGUGCAGUUUUAACGAAGCUGCAGUAUUGAUUGGAGACCGUGCUGGAAACACUGGAGCCGCUGGAUUUUUCACUCUUCCUGAGCGUUGCUGGCCCUGCGCACGGUCACCUCAGGGACGCUCUGCUGGGGACGGCGGGAAUCCUGGGCCCACAGCUGCAGUGCGGAGAUCAGGCCUUGCUGUUUCUGUCUGCACAGCCUCCCCUCCCCUCCCCCCCGCAGCGCAGAGCCGGCGGCCGCUCCGCGUCCCGCUGUCCCCGCUGUCCCCAGCCCGGCUGGGUGCCGCUGGCCUUACCCGCCACGGCGCUGCGCGUCCCUCCGGCCACGGCCCUUUUGCAGACACUUGGCUUGUUGUUGCUCAGUCCUUCCUUCCCGCAGCAGCAGACGCGCACACUGAGCCGGCGCUCGGGAUUGCUGAGCUCCACCGGGUAGACUAAGCUUGCCCGUAGCACUUAAAGGCACUUGGGUGCCAGGAGGGUUUAGAGGAACAUGGUGUGAAGCUGAAACUUGGCCCCGGGUGUUCAGAUUGGGUGUCCCGAGCACAACACAACACCCUGACCAGGGGAUUUCUAGGUGGAGAAACCUGCUGGUGGUUCCUUUCCGAAGUGAUGUGCUCACCAUGGUGCGUACGUCCCUUUUUAAGGACCCACAGACUAGAAUAACCCUACUUUGUUUUUUUUCCUGGAUUUUGGGUGGCCAUUUCCGGGUUGUGUGUUCUCACACUUCCCCCUUCCAAGUUCUGCUUCUCGAGCAUUUUUAAACACGCCGUGGCCACCGCCGCCCGACCCGCAACCGCGCCGGAGCCGCCUGGCACGAGAUAAACCUGUUGUGAGCUGAAGCAGCUGCUGCCCCGGCCGGGGGGCUGUGACGGGGCCGGGGGGGGUGGGGGGGCUGCCCGCGCCCCUUCCGCCCCCCACGCGUUUUCCAAUCCCCGGUUCUCCGCGUGCUGUGUCAUUUCUAGAGACAAACCAGCUAAGUAACGUCUAUUUAUAUGAAUGUUCCCAGCUCUUCCCACUCCACAAAUUCACCCAGAGACUGUCUUGAUUGUAUAAUAUACAUUAUAUGGAAGCUAUUUAUAUAUGAAUGAAUGUUUUUAUAGAAAGGAAGGCAAGGAGCUCGCGGUCUCCAUUAAACUGGAACGGCAGCUCCGGUUGCCAAAUGGCGACGGCUGCCCCACGCGAUGUGUCAGCACAGACUGAUUCCCGCUGCCCAUGAACCCUGGUUUGCUGAUUUCUUUGCUGAUUGUGCGAUUACCUGACGAGGUGGCAGCGUCCUGAGCGGCUGAACUCGUAAACGACAAAGAUCACUUAGUAGCUGAGAAUAUGAAGGAGCUUUGUAAAGUUUUUCAAGGCACUGGUGAGUUGUCUAGGCCGGCUGUUUACAUCCUUUAUAAAAAUAGGAACUUUUAAAACUCACAAGUCUUUAUAGAUUGACUAGUGAUGGGAGCGCUUAUUUUGGGCUUUCAUAGUAAAUCAAAGGGAAAGGUGCCGUAGCGUUUAGACAUAAGUGUUCAGUAUUGCUUCUUGUAUUGCAUUUUUCAAUAAAUUUUCAAACAGAA